CACACGGGCUUUCGUUCCAGCGUGCCACCAGUAUGGACGCGUACGAAGCAACCGGUUCGAGUGAAGAUCCCGAGGUCCGGCAGGCAUUUUCCGACAGCAUUCUUUACAUACUAAGGCCUCUUUCGGUGAUGGAGCUGCCCGGGAUCGGUUCCCGCCGUGAUAACGGUUGCGAUGCUACAGACAGUGCCCUAUCGGAACCAUUUUCCGACCUGGACGAUUCCUACAUCCUGCUGGAUCAGCGCAAAAAGCCAGUGGGGAAGGAUGAAGGCGACGAUAUGAUGCUGCUGAAUCAGUUCACCUCCGAGUUCCGGGAGGUUUACGAUCAGCUUGUCGCAGAAAUUGACCACGAGCAAGAGGAACCAAUGCUACCCCCGGACAGUGAGCCAGACCUGCCCUUCAGCGCCGAGAUGCCGUUUGAGGAUGCCGGUGGCUUCAGCCCACCCUUUCAGAGCUUCAUCGACGAGAUGCUGCUCAAAUGUGACCUGAAGUACCAUCUGGACGAGAGGAAGCGGCAGCGCGAUCAGCAUCGCCGCAAGCAACGGCGGGUACGCAAGGCGCCGCCGCCAGCUGCACCAAAGGACGCCCUCGAGCCGGCCGAACGUGACUCCCUGUCCGGGGUGUGGCGGAUGCUCGAUGCCGUGUCCGAGCCGAACGGGUUCCCCAUCACCGAGGGCCAGUACGAUCUGUACGAGGACGAGCGGUUCGAGUGGUUGCUGCGCGAGCGGAUGCCCUGGCACCGGUUGGAAGUGUCGCGCAAGAAGUGUGAACAGUGGCUCAAGAUAGGCCCGAGCAGGGCCAAGCAGGCACAGGACGAGAAACGAUCCCGCCAGUCCCAUCGAUCGGCGGGCAGGCGGUGAGGUGGGGGUGAAUGGAAGGUGACAGCAUUGAUAAAAGCCAGUAUUCAACAUCCACAUGUGCCAUGGCGUGUCUGUGUGAAACGAUACGACUGAAGACCGGUUCCGGAUCGAUCCAUUCAGCAUGCAGCACUGCUUUCUGUUCGGUAUCUAAAUCGGAUUCCAUCUGCUUACGAGUUCCGAGAAGCUCUGCACAAUAGCAGAAAAGUGCACCAACAGCAACUGCAAAAGAAAACACGAUGCACUUUGCCACAAGUCAACCCGGAUGUACUCUUAAAGGAUUAUAAUAAAAGAAAAUGUACCGAUUUUCAAUAGCUGCCUGUCGAUGAUGUGCUGCAUGGAUUGACAAUAAUUCGAACGAAAGGAAGCAUAUCCCGGUGCGAUAAAUUUGCGUUAUGCGUUAUCCAUGUAGCAUCUACUCAAAGGAUUAUGGAUUGAUAAAUGGAGAACCAAUGCACAGUGAAAAUAGACCGGGAUGAAAAUCAUUUUUGUUAUUUUUAGAUUUUAAUGCAGGAAUUUAUGGCAAAAAUAUAACAUCAAAAAUUAUAAAAAAAAGCUAACGUAUGUCUUUUACACUGUGAAAUAUAUAGAUAUUUAUACCUUCGCGUUUUCCCUAGUACUACACAUUGUAGAAUGACUUGUUAUAAACCUUGUGUCCAAACAUCAAGAUCCUUUUUUUUCGCCACCUUAAAAGUUACACCAUACAUUGUAAUUAUCAGUUUGUAAGGUGUAUAGACAAUAUCACUUCUUCCAGGUCAAAUUAAAAAGCAUUAUGAUGAAAAUGAAAUAUCAGCGUGAUGUGGAAUAGCACAAUAGUGCUUCAUGCACGCGGUGAAAAGCAAUGUUUACAUUCGAAAGUGACUUCGAAACCCUG